AUGAAAUUGUCUGCCCUAUUAGCUUUAUCAGCCUCCAGCGUGGUUUUAGCAGCCCCAGCUGUCCACCAUAGCGACAAUCACCAUCACAACGACAAGCGUGCCGUUGUGACCGUUACUCAGUACGUCAACGCGGACGGCGCUGUUGUUAUUCCAGCGGCAACCUCUGCUACUUCUGCCGCUAGCAACGGCAAGGUCGAGUCUGUAGCAGCAGCCACCACCACUUUGUCUGCCACGGCUGCAACUACAUCUGCAGCAGCCUCGUCCUCGUCCUCGUCCUCGUCCUCGUCUUCGUCCUCGUCUGUUGGUUCUGGAGAUUUCAAAGACGGUACCAUUUCCUGUUCUGACUUUCCAUCUGGCCAAGGUGCUGUCUCUUUGGAUUGGUUAGGUUUGGGCGGCUGGGCUUCCAUCAUGGACAUGGACGGUAACACAGCCACCUCCUGUCAAGAUGGAUACUACUGUUCUUAUGCUUGUUCUCCAGGCUACGCCAAAACUCAAUGGCCUUCUGAGCAACCUUCUGAUGGUAGAUCCGUUGGUGGUCUGUACUGUAAGAACGGCAAGUUGUACCGUUCCAACACCGACGCCAGCGGGCUGUGUGAGGAAGGUCAAGGUUCUGCCCAAGUUGUCAACAAGGUUUCUGGCUCGAUUGCUAUUUGUGGUACGGACUAUCCAGGUUCCGAAAAUAUGGUCGUUCCUACUGUUGUUGGCGCUGGUUCCACCCAACCAAUCAACGUCAUCAAGGAGGACUCUUACUAUCAAUGGCAAGGUAAGAAGACUUCUGCCCAAUACUACGUCAACAACGCCGGUGUCUCUGUGGAAGAUGGGUGUAUUUGGGGUACUGAAGGCUCCGGUGUCGGUAACUGGGCCCCAGUUGUCUUGGGCGCUGGUUACACUGAUGGUAUCACUUACUUGUCCAUUAUUCCAAACCCAAACAACAAGGAUACCCCAAAUUUCAACAUCAAGAUUGUGGCUACUGACGGCUCCUCCGUCAAUGGUGCCUGCUCUUAUGAAAAUGGUGUUUACACUGGCUCCGGCUCUGACGGUUGUACCGUUUCCGUCACCUCCGGCUCUGCUAACUUUGUCUUUUACUAA